AAAAAAAAUGAAAACCAUUUUUCAAAGAUGCGGGAAAUGAAAAUUAAAUCCCUUUGUUUCCCCCUCCGUUUCGAAUCCACCUCUCCUCGUGCAAACAGAUUUUGACUCCAAUUUUAAAAUAAUCGCCGUUUCAGCUUAGGUACUGUUAUCUGAAUAACAAUGUCUAAUUCAGUGGAUGAGGUAAUGAUUCCACCCAACAAGAUUGCAAGGCGUGAUAAUGACGAGAAUCAUGACAGGAUAAGUGACUUACCUGAUUGCAUUCUACUUCACAUUUUGUCAUUAUUACAUUCCAAACAAGUUGUUCAAACUUGCGUUUUGUCCAAAAGAUGGAAACAUCUAUGGAAACGUAUUCCAACACUUAUAUUGCAUGUAAAGAAAUUUGCCAUAUUCGUGUCUAACAUUUUUGUCUCUUCGUGAUACAUCCGCUGCACUGCAUUCUCUAGAUCUUGACUGUUAUGGCAUUAUGAGUCUUCGCUCCUUCAUAAGAUUUUAACCUAUGUUUCUUCCUUUAACACCCACAUCCACCAUUUAGGAAUCUCUGUCACUGGUGUUAGUUAUCUCAUUAUGAACUGCGUUUCUAAAUGCCAGGCUCUUACGUCUCUUAAGCUUUCAGUUAACGGUAGACAGGGUAGUUAUGAAACAUUAUUUCCAAAAUCUUUGAAUUUACCUUUUUUAACCCACUUGGAUCUAACUGUAAGGUGUUAAAGGAUGCUCAAACUCUCAUCAUCUCAAGCGAGACACUUGUCAAUUUAGUUUUGGAUUAUUCUAUUAUUCAUCUAACUUUGCCAAAAUCUAGCUUUCAACUCCAAAUCUUUGUACAUUUACUUUUCCCAGAAACCUUGAUCAGAAAAUAUGUGGGAGCGGUCUUUCUUCUGUUAAACAAGUAAACAUUGAUGUACCGGAUUAUUCAGCUAAGGAGAACCGUGCUUUGGUUCUAUUAACCUGGCUGCGAGACCUUACCAAUGUAGAAUCAUUGACAACCACUUCAAUUACUCUUCAGGUUCUCUCCUUAGUUCCUGAUUUAUUGGAGGUUAAGCUCCCUUCUUUGUGUAACUUGAAGUCAUUGGAAAUAGAAAUGAUGCCAUUUGAUUAUCGACCAUUACUCCGUAUAAUGGAAAAUGCCAUGUUAAAGAAAGCGGCUGCCAAGUCCUGUAAUGAAGCUGCAAAGUUAAGAAAGACAUUUAAAGCAGGUUUGAGACCACCUCCCAUACCUGAUGGAAUAGUUGACUUCUUGCAACAAAACUCACCGUCGGCGAAAGUUAACAUCACAACAAAGUACACGGGUUAUUUUAAUAUUAAGCAGGUCGAAAAAUCCAUAAAGGGGGCCAAGAUCACUGGCUAUCGUUCACAACAUGCUGCACCUGCCUCCUCCCCUUCUGCACAUGCUAAUGCCACUGAGUUUGCUUCUGCCGCUGUGCCUUCACCUGCCUCUGCUGCUGAGUCUACUUCUGCCGGUGCUCUUGCUCCUGCAUCCUCCCCUGCCCAUGCUGCACCUGCCUCUGCUGUUGAGUCUGCUUCUGCCGAUUCUCUUGGUUCUGCCUCCUACCCUGGCCCUGCUGCACUUGCUUCUGCCGCUACUCCUGCAUCUGCCGCCUUGCCUGCCUCUGCUCCAUCACCCUGUCAUCAUCUCUGUUGCGCUGAAAAGGUGACAACUAAUGUUGACAGUAGUGACUCAAUGUUUUGGCCUGACAUAGUAACUAAAACUUUCAUUGACAUUAUGGUUGAUGAAGUUACAAAAGGAAAUAUGUCAAAUGGCGUGUUUCAUACUAGAACAUGGACUUCGAUGACUAAUAGGUUGAAUUCCAUAACUAAUUGCUCCUAUGAAGAGGAACAACUAAAGGCAAAAAUGCAUUGUCUACGAGCCAUGUUUCAUGAGUUUUAUUCACUUUUGCAAAAUGUUGGAUUUGUGUGGAAUUCAGAAACCAACACUGUUACCGCAAGUGAAGAGGUUUGGAAAAAUUACCUUAAGACACAUGAUAAAGCAUCUCAGUUUCAAAAUAAAGGGUGUGACCAUUAUAGGUUGUUGGAAAUCAUAUUCAACAAAUAUAAUGAAACUGAAGUACUUCAUCAUUCAAUUGCCCAAGACCAACCAAAUACCAAUAAAGAAAAUGAGCAUGAUAAUCAAUAUUUUAACACUAGGAGUGCGAAUUGUGUAUGUGUUGAUAAUGAUAGUUCAGACAAUGGUAUACAAGAAGUGGAGUGCAUCACAUGCAGAGGGAAGCAAAAAAUUCAACUAAAAGAUCGUACAUCCGAGAAAGUGUCUACAUCACGUCAGAUGGGAGAUGCAAUUGCAGCAUGGGCUCAGGCAUGGGGUAAGAUUGUGGAGGCUAGUUCUUCACAUGUAACAACAAAUUGUUCUCUUACUAAGUGUGUAGUUGCUCUUGAAGAGAUAGGAGACAUUUCAGAUGACAUCUACGGGAAAGCCUUGGAGAAGUUUAAGGAUCCAGAUUGGAGGGAAAUGUUUGUCGCCAUGUCUACUGAUAAGAGACGUGGAUGGCUAUUUAGACUUUAAGGAUACAACUUUACUUUUAUAUGUGGUGAUAGUGAUGAGAGGCACUUUUUUUUAUGGUAUUUAUGGCUAUGUUCUUCUUUAAGCUUUUUGGUGAACAAUUGUAUGUUUUUUUUUUUUUUUUU